CAGUUUGGAGCCGUGUUAUUACCGGGUUAUUCCCGGGUUGGUGCCUUUCACACUGAACCCGGUUCGCCCUGUGAAAACAUUUGUGAUGUCAUUAUAAAUGGACUUUUCUGUCUCCUAUUGAUGAGGUUGCAAAGGUAUUACAAGGAGGGGCUGGGGAGUGCUCAGUAGUGCAGCAAUCAUGGCCGACACAGCACAUGUCUCUAUAGAGUUUGUGAUAGUCUCAGCUGUACUACUCUUGGAUUCAGCCUGUGAGAGGAUAUUUGAGCUUCUCACAUUCUGUAGCUUGUUCAGCAGCUAUGUUAUGAGGAGGAGGAGGCUGCAGUAUUUGAGAGACACCACCAUUCGUCGUCGGCAAUACCUGCGCAGGAGGAGAUCGUUUAUAUCUGCUUCUGUGACCACCAUACUCAACCUUAACCACAGUACUCAACGAAAAUUGUGGUCUAGAGAACGGCAGCAUGGGCAAGUUUUUAUGCAAAGUGUACUGAACUUUCAGGAUGUUCAGUGGAAGUGUCACUUCAGGAUGUCACGUCACACAUUCCACUAUCUUUUGGAUUUAAUGUCCCCAGCACUCUCUAGACAGACCACAAACUUCAGGUCACCAAUAGAGCCAAGCAGGAGGCUAGCUAUAGCAUUGUGGUGGUAUGCCACUCCCGGUGAAUAUCGCACAAUUGCUUGCCUGUUUGGUGUGGGGAUAUCUACCGUGUGCACCAUUGUACAUGAAGUGACCAAAGCAUUGGUGGACAACCUAUACCACCGAUUUAUAUCUCUUCCGCAAGGCCAGCGUUUGGAUGAAACAAUUGUGGGAUUUGUGGAGUCUGGAUAUCCGCAGUGUGCAGGUGCAAUUGAUGGUACCCACAUCCCUAUAAUCGCACCUCAUGAUAAUCAUGCCGACUACUACAACAGAAAGGGAUGGCAUUCCAUUGUUUUGCAAGCUGUGGUGGAUCAUAAGUAUUGUUUCACUGACGUAUUCAUCGGCUGGCCGGGGCGGUCACAUGACGCUCGAGUUCUUGCAAACUCUGAUCUGUACCGGGUAGCAGAGGACAAGCAAGGGGGCUACCUUUUUCCAAGAGAGAAAUCCAAAUUUGUGGACGGAGUGGAGAUACCGGUACACAUAAUUGGUGAUGCAGCCUACCCGUUACGACGAUGGCUCAUGAAGGGGUUCACCCAACAUGUCCAGCUGAGCCCCAAUCAAAUUACAUAUACACACACCCUGAGCUCGGCAAGAAUGGUGGUUGAAAAUGCCUUUGGACGAUUAAAAGGACGUUGGCGCUGUCUUAUGAAGCGCAAUGAUGUAGACAUUAAUAUCAUGCCUAACAUUGUUGCAGCAUGUUGUAUUCUGCAUAACUUAUGUGAGUUUCAGAGGGAGGAAUUCCUACCAGAGUGGACAGUGCAGGCCACUGCUGCGUACCCUGCCCUUGAUUGUGAGGCCUAUUUGGGCGACCAUUCUGGUAGUGCAGAACAGAUGAGGUCUGCUAUAAUGGCCAACCUUCCCUCAUUACUCCGUUAAUUUUUCUCAGUUUGUAUAUUGUAUAUAUUGUUGUUGUUCCAAAAAAUAAACCUGUUUAGUUGACAU